AUGGCCGACGCCCCCAUGUCCGAUUCCACCACCGACUUACGGUCAUCCUCUCUACAUACUUCACCAGACCCCGUACCCUCCUCCAACAGUGCGCAACCUUUGGCAAAAGCACCCGUCCAAUGCUCGAGGAGAGGGUGUAAGAAGGCAAUCUCACCGACGGAAAAUUACAAGCUAUGUUUAACGUGUCGCGAGAAUGGGCGGGCAGCCUCUCGAAGAGCAGCAGAACGCAAGGCAGCCGAAGCGAAGAAUCCGAUCGUAACUGUCCCUGGUCCUUCGUUGUCGACGUCGCCGGAUCUCAAUCCUCAGGAGAAGCGACCCGCGAGCGAACUUGACUCUGCAUCGAUUGGGCCCCCUGCGAAACGGAAGAAGAUUGAGAAGCCUAAGGACUCAGGCGAUAUUCUGUCUCAUAUAUCUAAAAACGGAAUCAAGUGGACGAAGGUGCCCGUCGUCGGUUCGUCUUCGCCGUCAUUGAAGAAAGUUCUACAUCCUCCAGGAGAGUCUUCCUCAAAUAUUCCAGAGUAUGGAACGUCGGCAGAUGUCUACCAAGCAAUCUCCCAUGCCUCCAAAGGAUCGACUCGUCUCGAAUCUCAGUCCUCGUACCGCAUCGUAGCCACUGAUCCAAAGGUGGAUGCCAAGACCCGAAUGCACGCAAUAGCCACCGAACUUCGACAAUCGACCCCUCUCAGAUUUUCGAGCAAGGCUUACAUCAUGCAUCCUGGACACAACCGAUUCGCACCAUUAGGAUCGACAUGUAACAGGCAUCAUUGUAAGUGCCUCCCUGGGACUGGCCUUCUACCAGCAGACACCGAUACAUGCGGCGGCUGGGUGUAUAUAUGCAUCGAGGACGACUCGUCGCAUCCGAAUGGUAUUCCUGGGAAACGCGUCACUAUCUCCAUCACGCAUUAA